AUGAGUUCCAACGAAAACUCGACCAGCAACGAGUCCUCUGGUUCUAAUAAAGGCCACGGAGGUGCUGGCUACUCCCAUACCGGCUCCGGAACCAACUCACAGGUAGGCCGUCGAACGCCUGUUAUGCCGCCUGACCCAUCUAUAACAAAGGGGAAUCACUGGUGCAACCGCAAUUAUGGAAACGGCUCCAAUUCCUAUCACUAUUCCAACAGAGAUGGAAGCUACUACUAUGCUAAUCCAGAUGGAUCUAAGUAUUACAACAACGGGCGAGGUUCUUCGACCUAUACGACUCCCGACGGUCAAACAUAUUCCAAGUCCAAGUAA